AUGCACCGACUUUAUUAUAAAGAUGGAUCAACCAGAUACUCAAUAAGUACCUCGACAUAUAUUGUAUUGUAUAAUACGACUGUACUUAUCUAUGGGAAAACCUGCAACAACAUCAGAGGGAUGUCAGCAACAUUAUGGCUGCAAUACAAGAAUCAGGAAUGA